AUGCUGAUGCUGGAGACGACACCACAGCAUCCUCAUGUUGGCAGCAUCCUCAGCUGUAGUGAAGUGCCCAUCAGCUCUGGGGGCUUUGACCUCUCCUGCAUUACCAACCGCUACUGCUGCAGACCCCUACUUACCUCUACAUCUCAUGCCAAGCACCAUUCCUUACAGCUGCCUCUGCGCCUGAGGCACUGCAGCACUGCUAUAAAAGGCAGCCCAGCUCUCUGCGCUCUCAUCCGUUCUCUCGCCUCUUUCUCCUCGACAACCAGGUGCGCCUUCAGACCCAAAACCAUGUCCUGCCCUGAGAAGUGCCAAAGCUGCAGGCCCUGUGAGCCCUGCUGCCAGCCCUGUGGCCCAACCCCACUGGCCAGCAGCUGCAAUGAGCCCUGCUGCAGGCAGUGCCAGAGCUCCACCGUUGUCAUCCAGCCCUCCCCUGUGGUGGUGACCCUGCCCGGACCCAUCCUCAGCUCCUUCCCACAGAACACUGCCAUAGGCUCCUCCACCUCUGCUGCUGUUGGCAGCAUCCUCAGCUGUGAUGGAGUGCCCAUCAGCUCCGGGGGCUUUGACCUCUCCUGCAUUACCAACCGCUACUGCUGCAGGCCCUGCUAG